GUGUAUUCCAUUGUCGUCAAUUUUGAAGUCGUACUGAUUUUCACGUUUCCGGUUUCUCCUGCCCGGGCCAGCCCCGGCAAAACCCACGAUGCAGCUUUCAAAACCAUUAAAAUCUUCGGCCCAUUCCCUUCCGAGUCCAGAUGGCAAACAUAUUGCGACCAUCUUCUCUUCCGUUGUCAAUGUCCGAGCCGUGUGUGGACUCCAAGUGGUCAACGUGAUUGAGUUAGGCCAGGACUUCGCAGGCCCAGUUCUUAGCCUCCAAUGGUCACCUUCUUCCCGACUUCUGCUCAUCGCUGAUGCCGAGCGGGUGCGAGUGGUGUCGGCGCUGGACGACAGCUUCAGCGCGACCAUCCGGAACCAUGCCGCUGCCGGGACGAAACCAGCAUACGUUGGCUUCGGUGCAGCAGACACCGAAGUCUGUGUCAUCUCGUCACUUGGUAUCAAGCUCUCCCUGUUCGAUCUUGCAUCAUCCAAGGCGGUUGAGAUUAGCGACCCCAAGCUAUUUUCUGCCUCGUCUGCGUCCAGAUGCUUCUCUUUCCGACCUGAGACACGUCAUCUUGCGCUGCUGACGAGGGUAGCGGGUAAGGACAUGGUGAGCAUACACAGCUAUCCAACAAGAGAACUGCAGAGGUCGUGGGCGCCAGACACAAUCGAUGCGCAGGGACUAGCCUGGAGCCCAGAUGGGAGGUGGCUUGUGGUAUGGGAUUCGGCUGCCCAGGGCCACAAAGUGGUCUUUUACACGUCUGAUGGCCAUAUCUUCAAGACCUGGUCCGGUCCAGCCAACCCCCCGCCGGAGGAUAGGGACUUUGCGCUCGGGCCGGGCGUCAAGUCGAUUCAGUUCUCUGCAGAUGCCCGGCAUCUUGCCAUUGGUGAUUUCAGCAGGUCUGUCUGCGUCCUCAGCAUGGCGUCCGUCACUCAGACAAUGCGGCUACGCCACCCGAAGACUCUUGUCCCUCGGGAGACGCUCCAGGUCUGGCAGGAGCAAAUCGGAGUCUCGCAAGCAGGACCGAUCAUCCACACGUUCUUGCGGACCACGCAGCUGAUCUCCCCAACGCCUGCCCCACGGGACCACUCAGAGCCAGGCGCAUCUGGCUGCGCCGCCAUUCUGUUCGACACGUCCUCGGCGCUCGUCGCCACGAGGAUCGACGACUUCCCGAGCACGGUCUGGAUAUGGGAUGUGCAGGCUGCAGAGCUCCGGGCCGUGCUUCUCUUCCACGGAAACGUAGCCACCCUUUCGUGGCACCCCCAUAUCGCAGAAACCCUGCUUGUCAGAUGCGAAGGCGAACAGUACAAUGGCUUGGCAUUCGCUUGGGAUCCCCUUUCAGAAGGACCAAGAACUAUCGACUUUGGCCAACGCAUUCCUGGGGCCAGGGCCGGUGGCAAGCCGCGGACCCUGUGGCUUGGACUGGACGCCCGGAGCCCUCCCUCUAUAUUCUUCUCGGACGCACAGAACUACGUCCUUGCAUGCCUUGGCGAGACGGACCAGGCACCGGCUCCAUGGGGUGACCUGGAGAUCUCGGGGCCGGUAUUUUCAGCCCACCGCGAAGAGUCUCCUCUUGAAUUAGUCCCGGCAUCUGGGACUAGGCCUGAAGUGCCAGAGCUUGACGAGGACGAUUACAGCGAGUUAGAGGAUACCUUUGUGCACAAACGGUAACCCGUGCUGCACGGCAUCUAGUCGCCUCCGCAAAGCUUCCUAGGCUGUUCCCCUUCAAAACGGAUUGCAUCUUCAAUAUGUGUCCGGUGCGGAAAAUUC